AUGGAGCAGUCGCUGAAGAAGACGAGGACGAUGCCUAGAGAUAGGGAGUUGUGGAAGAAGAUGAGGACGAUGCGUAGAAAUAGAAAUAGGGACGGAAAGGAGGAGGAAAAAGACAAGGGAAUAUUAUUGUCGGGGGACACCAUUCUAUUUCUACCGGACGAACUCCUGCAGAAGGUGCUCUCCUUUUUGCCCUUCGUCAACAUUAUCAGAUUGGGCAUCGUGUGCAAACGAUGGUACGAGGUGGUUCACUCCUCCGCCCCGUCGUCGUGGGCGAUGAUGGCGCCACAGAAGACGUUGUUCUUCAAGCCCUGCUUCGACGGCUGCACCACAUUCUCGGGCCACUUAUACGACUCCGGUCUCCUCCAGUGGUACAACUUCGGCUCCCCUCGCUUGGAAAAGAGCCUCCGGUGCACGUCCUCCUCCUGCGGCUUGGUCUGCUUAAUGAACCCCAGCGACGGGAGCCGCUUAUUUGUUGGCAAUCCCAUCAAGAGAGACUGGAAGCUGCUUCAAGUCCCCGGCCACUCUACCCCCAACUUCAACGCGCUCGCCUUGUCGUUCGAUCGCUGCACGCGCGGCUACACCGUGGUCGUCGCCAAGUGCAUCCACACACAGCUACUUGGGAAAUUCUUACAAUGGCACUUAUCCGUCCACAUCUACCAAUCGACGACGAAAUCAUGGGCCACUCCCUUCGCCCAAGACCUCGGCCACUGGCAAGCCGGCAGGUAUGUCGUCAUAUGCGACGGCGUGCUCUACCACUUCAUUUACCAUCUGGAUCUGAAGAUCCCCCGCUUAGUGGCGUUCGAUCUUGCCAAGCCGCCCUCUAGCAUUCAGUCUCUGAUUCAAGAAUCGAUUCCUACGCCAUGCCCUUUUGGUUGUUCUGGAUUGCUCAACCUGUCGAACAAAUUGGUCAUGGUUGGAGCGGUCUACGACCCGCCGGACGAGGUAUGGGUGAUUUUGGAACUUAAGGAGGAUAAGACAUGGCGGGAGGUGUCUCAAAUGCCGAUUUCCAUGCAGAAGAAGUUACGCAGGUCUGAUUCAAUCAACUGCUGCGGCGCCGGUGACUUCAUCUUCAUGCACACUGCAUUGUGGCCGGAGAUACUGACCUUCGACAUGGGGCAGAAGGUGUGGGCAUGGUCGAGCCAUCCCUACACUGAGCAGUUGCACUUAUGUUUCAAACCGAGGUCCCAAUUCUACUACGGCUUCUGCUUCGAACCGAGAUUCGACAUCUCCCCUUGA